AUGGCGCCCUUCAUGUCUCUUCCUGGAGAGCUUCGCACCCUCAUCUACGAUAUGGUACUUUUCCCACAUCAUUCGUGUAUCCAGAUCCACGCCAGCCACCCCAAGGAUCUACUUCGCACGACCCUCAAAUCUCCAAUCUUCCGCUUGUGCCGUACGGUGCGGCAUGAAGCGUUCGCACGCCUUUGUGAAUCGAAGCAUUUGCAGUUCCGCGACUAUAUGUCUUACAAAACCCUCCUGCAGUAUGCCAGAAAUAUCGGAGAUGGCGCGAUCGUGGAAAACAACGUAAAGCACAUCAUGAUUUUCGUUGACAACUUAGCCAUGAUAGAGGGCAAUGGAAAUUUCAGCACAUUCAACGUCGGGCCAUUCGACAUGGUCGAAGCGAACAACGUCUUCGCGGAACUUCACGCCCUGCAAGUGGAAGUUGGACGAAACUAUGACAUGGAGAUUUGA